GUAGAAGAGGAGGAGGAGGAGGAGGAGGAGAGUUACCAAGGAAGAGGACAACUCCAUAAGCAUAUCGAUUCCAUCCACUUGAUUAGUAUUAAUUAAUUGAGAUUGAUUGAUCGGUAUUGAUUGAUUGAUAUUUGAUUCAUCGGUUACUUGCUUGCUUGAUUGAUUGCAUACUUGGGUUAAGGAGGGAGAGCAGGACGAGGACAGGGUAGGUAGUAUAGUUAGGAGGAGGGAGGCGGAGGUGGAUGCUAAUAUAGUUUACAUGAGGAGCAAAGCGGGGAGGAGGCGCGCCAGGUCAGGCAUAGCACCACGACGGCAACGCAAGACCAACGACGCUCACCAGCGGGCCUUCCACGUCAGCUUGCUGCUUUGGGAAGCCCCUAAUCAAACAUUUCAAUAAUCCACUGAUCAGUUAAUCUAUCAAUCAAUCAAUCAAUCAAUCCAUCGCCCGCUCAUUAGCAAGCUGAUUAACCUUUCAUCUUGAUAGAGUAUCGAUCGACCAAUCAAUCAAUCAAUCGAUCGAUCAAUCAAUCGAUCAAUCAAGCGAUCGAGUAGUCAAGCAAUCAAGCAAUCAAGCAAGCAACGGAGGCAUGACUGUCGGCGGAGAUCCUUCAGAGCCACGGAAGCUUGUCAUUGUAAUAUUCCCAGAUGGAUUGUCGGAGGUAUCGCCAGCCAUGGCCGUCUUGGCGCUGAAGAAAUGGUACAGAGAAGACACGUCCAAGGCGGCAGUGAAGUUCGCGGGACUGCGAAGGGGAUUGCAGGUCUCUCUGGCGACGGCGCCCCCACCGGGACCCUUCACUUACACCUAUUAUUGCCUACGAGCGUUGGAGGACAUGGAACCCCUGUACAGCGUCGGGUUCGCGCACAUGCUGCUGAUGGCACUGCCAGCUGUCCCAAGGGAGUACCGGACGGAUGCUGACGUGGCAUGCUCUCGUAAGUUGGCGGCAAAAAUGCUGGUGGACGGGCUGCAGGGCAAGUUUUCCUGGGAUGAUAAGCGGCUCUUGUUCCGCAUUGUCGUUGCGUUCAAUCUAAGGCUGGAGGAUCUCGACGACGCCGCCGUCGUUGGUGGUGGAUUUGGCGGGAAAGAAGAACCCAUCGCGAGUGGCGGGAACGAGCCCGAUAGUGGCGGCAGCGGGAAAGAAGCUGCCGGUAAUGGCGGCGGCGGCGGGAAAGACGCCGCCGGUAAUGGCGGCAGCGACGCCGCCGGUGAUGGCGGCGGGAAAGAAGACGGUAGUGAGGGCGGCGGGAAAGAAGACGGUAGUGAGGGCGGGAAAGGAGUUGGUGUGAAUGGCGGGAAAGAAGGAGGCGGGAGGGAGGUGGUGAUGAGGUUCGUGCAUGAGCAGCUGGAGGCAAGGGCGCGGAAGACGGCCUUGGAGUUCCUGGACUUGUUUGAUCUGCGCCUUGAUCCCGAAGAGGAAAAAAACUUCAUUGAGAAGAUGGUGGUGGAGCGGAAAUUGGAUAUUGCAAUCGAAUGGGCUGGCCGUUUAGGAAAGGACACGUGUGCUUUCCUGAUCGAGAAGUUAAGAGAGAAUCAGCAGUGGAAGCUCGCACAUGUCUACGUGGAAAAGCUCGACCUCAAGGACCGAUUCCCCGACUCAUUCCAGCUUUAUCGAGAAGGCACUGUGAGGAGUCUAGUCGCCCAUGGCCGCCUUGAUAUUGCCGCCUCCAUGACACUUGGGCACGAAGCAUUGGGCAAAUACUUAAUUAGCUACUUGGUGACAGAGGGGUGCACGAAAAAAGCUGCGGAACUGUGCGCGAGACUUGAUCUGCCUAUCGACUUUGACGUCAACGAAUUAGAGGAGGAGGAAGAUUCAUCGUCAUCUCCUGGAAGUUUCCUGACCGUAUCGAGCUUGAUUCCCCCCGAGAACGUGAGAUGGAUUGCGACUAUGGAGGGAUUACAAGAGGCCAGGGAGAUUCUGAAUCACUUGCUCAUGGAGUCUACAACCUCCUCCUCCUCCUCCUUCUACUAUCCACCUGCGAUUGGCAUGGACUGUGAAUGGAGGGCAUCUCAUAUAAAGGGGGAGCCGCAGAGAAAGACGUCGGUCCUCCAGCUGGCAACGCUGGAACACGUGUUUUUGAUAGAUUUGAUCGACUUGUCAGCAGCAGCGGAGGGGACCGAAGCACUGCAGCAAUUCGUCAGCUGGAUUUUCCAGGCACCUCAUGUCCUGAAGCUGGGGUAUGGGAUGAGGUCAGACCUGACCCGUCUGGCGCAAUCGUACCCAGAAAUCCCAGGGUUCAGGAGAUGCGAGAGAGUUCUCGAUCUGUACGACUUUGCAGGCCUGCAUGUCAGAGGAGGGCUCAGUGCAUUGUCCGAGGUGUGCCUGGGUCUGCCCCUCGACAAGCGCUGGCAGAUGAGCGACUGGGAAAAACGCCCUCUCUCCCAAAACCAGCUCGAAUACGCUGCGCUGGAUGCGCUCAGCGUCACGCACAUCUUCAAGGCGCUUCUCACGAAGGGGUUGAGACGUCCGAGUCGGGCUCCUGGCUGUGAUGCGACGGCCAGAAGCAGAAAAUCACCCGUCCUGCUACCGAAACCCGCACCACAAACCGGAGUACAGCAAACCGGGGUACCACAAACCGGAGUGCCACUAACGGGUGCAGAAACCGUAGCAGAAAAAGGCUGCGCAGCAGAAAAAAUAGGGGCAGCAGAAAAAACAGGAGCAGCAGUACCACAAACGGGAGUACCGCAGACGGGAGUACCACAGACGGGAGUACCACAAACGGGAGAACAGCAAACCGGAGUUCCACAGACCGGAGUACCAAAAACCGGAGUAGAAACCGUAGCAGAAAAAGGCUGGGCAGCAGAAGAAACGGGAGCAGAAGCAGAAGCAGAAGCAGAACCAGGAAUCGAACCAGCAACCUUAGCAGAAGAAGAAACAGAGGUGGUGGAGUGGGAGAGCCACGUGUAUGUGUUCGAUUAUAAUACUGUCAGUGAAGGGAAGAGGAGGUCAUCGUCGCCGGACGACUCUGAGGAUGACGAUCUGGUAUCAAGCUGAGCCCAGGCCUGCUUUCGAUGAGUGUACUCUCAGACCUGUCCUUGCUGGACUCACCGCAAUUGGUGGAGACGGAAGUCGGUAGGAAAAGACCCAGACGUGUGUGUGGGCUUGGCGUCGCCCAGACCCGAUCCGGAUGGGAGCAGUAGGAUGGAUGUGUGUGGGGGGGGAGUUGGACAGCAGUGGCGUUGCUUCUGCUCAACUACCGGUUGAAGCUGAGGAUGGGGGCCAGGUACAUCAGCCUUCAGGCAGUUCGAGUCCACAAGGCUGAUGGGGGUUGGGAGUGGGGAAAGGUGUGUGGCUGGGGCGGGUCGAUUUUGCCUGGAUUAUUUGCUGAUGCCAACGCCAUGAAGGGUGGCGAACAAUUUGCUGAGCUGGCACGAAACAAGAUUUUGAGCAAAUGUAGACUCUGCUGCGCUGGCAAGGUUAAAACAAGGUGUCGGUCAAAAAAAAAAAAAAAAAAAAAGGUGUCGGUUGACACUGACGCUUGCUUGCUUGUAUCGUGUAAAGUUGCAAACACUU